AUGCAAUCCCGACGUCAUCAUCCUCAGCGCUGUGAUCAGCGCGUGCGAGAAGAGCGGUCAGUGGCAGCGGGCUCUGGCGCUUCUGAGCGAGAUGUCGGAGGCGAAACUGGAGCCCAAUGUGACUACAGCGCUGGGAUCAGCGCGUGCGAGAAGGGCGGUCAGUGGCAGCGGGCCCUGUCGCUGCUGAGCGAGAUGUGGGAGGCGAAGCUGGAGCCCAAUGUCAUCCCCUGGGUCACGUACAACGCUGGAAUCAGCGCGUGCGGGAAAGGCGAGCAGUGGCAGCGGGCUGGGGAGCUGUUCUGCGAGAUGUGGGAGGCGAAGCUGGAGCCGGACGUCAUCAGCUACACCGCUGGGAUCGGCGCGUGGCAGCAGGCCCUGGCGCUGCUGGGCGAGAUGUCGGAGGCGAAGCUUGAGCCCAACGUCAUCUCCUACAGCGCUGGGAUCAGCGCGUGCGAGACGGGCGGUCGGUGGCAGCAGGCCCUGGCGCUGCUCGGCGAGAUGUCGGCAGCGAGGAUCGAGACCAACGUUGUGAUUUACACCGGAGGGAUCAGCGCGUGCGAAGAAGGGGGGUCAGUGGCAGUGGGCUCUUGCGCUGCUCCGCGAGAUGUCGGGGGCGAGGGUCGAGACCAAUCCCAUCAGCUACAGCUCCGGGAUCCUCGCGUGCAGGAGGGGCGGGCAGUGGCAGCGGGCUGUGGCACUGGUCAGCGAGAUGUGGCAGGCGAAAAUGGAGCCCGCCGUCUAAGCUACUGCGCUGUGAUCGACGCGUGUGAGCAAUGCGUGCAGUGGCAUCGGGCACUGGCGCUACUCAUCGAGAUGUGA